GACGCAGUUUUGAUUGGGGAAAAUCGAAAUCGAAUGCGCGUGAAACAAACAAAGAGAGAAACUGGAAUAAAAUUGGGGAUUUAGGGUUUUCUUUUAUCGAAUCCUCUAAUAAAUCGUUCAGCAAAAAUGGAAUCCGAAGGGCAAAAGGGUACGGUGAAUCCGUCAGCUAUGUUGGCUUCUUUGCUUAGUAAGAGAGCCAAACUUCACGAAGAGCUUCGCAGUAUUGAAAAGCAGGUUUAUGAUAUGGAGACAAGUUAUUUACAGGAUCCUGGACAGUGUGGCAAUGUAUUAAAGGGAUUUGAAGGAUUCCUAUCUUCAUCAAAGAACACUGCAUUCUUGAAGCGGUCUAGAAAGUUUCAGCCUGAAGAUAGGCUCUUUUCAUUAUCUUCAGUGUCUUCGCCAGCGGCAGAAGAGCUCGCGGCUGGACGAGAUGAUGGGAGAUCAGAUUUUGGUCCGGGUCGUUCGAAAGGCGGGACAAUUUAUGCAAAUGGACAGGGUAAACCGAAGAAAGGAAGGGGUGCGCCAAGAGAUGCGAAGAGAGCAAGGGUAUCAAGUGAACAAGAUUUUGAUUACGAAGAUGAUCCUGACAUGACAAUGUGAUUGAACAUGCCGAUGCAACUUUCUGUUAAACCUUUUGGAAUAUAAGAGCCUGGAAAAACCUGCAUCGGACAGGCUAUUGGUUCUAUGCAAUUCCUCAUUUCAUGUAUAUAUGUCUAGUUUUAGAUGUGGAUUUUGUACUGAAUUGAACUCUCUGCCUUAUGCAAAUUUUUGUUGGCAGGGUAAAUGAUUGUUUCAUUAUACUUGUUAUGAUCUGUUAUUAUAAACCUGUUCAAAACUAAGUUUGAUUACCAACUUCUAGAAA